AAACUAAAAUUAUAGUAAAAUAGUAAAAUGAGACGCAACCAGCAGCUUAUGUAUAGACCUCGAGACUGUACGUUCCUCGUGUGUUCUUGUUUUGAAGAACCUUACAUUAGGAAUAAAAAGCUCAGCCCCUGUCAGAAGUCCCCGUUGACUCUCUACGAGCUAGCGAGUAAAGUGGUCAACCAGCUGCCUUUCCCUAACGCCUUCCACUGGUCAGAGUCUGACGUAGCCCGAUGGAUGGAAAAAGAAUGUGGACUAUCAUUGUACAAAGAAUGCAUUACAAAAAACAUCGUGAAUGGAAGACGCUUGCUGUUUUUGGAAGACGCGUCGAAAAUGCCAAAGAUGAAUGUAACAAACUUCGAACAUAUUAAGAUAAUCACAGCGAAAGUGAGAGAACUAUUUGGCGUGGAGAUGAUACGGUUCACACGAAGCUUAGGUCUACCGUACAGGAAACCUCUCACUCACUGCACCUGGUUCAAGUCGCAAACAGGACCAUCUAUGGGUGUUCGGACUCUUUGGAACAGAUGCGACAUUCUACGAUGGAUGAAUAAAAUCGGACCUGAGCCUACAGUUCUAGACCACUGGGACAUGGUCUGGUAUCAAAAGCCCGAUUUUCCUUGCACCAAGUUCGCUAGAGUUGAAAAGAAAAGGAAAACUCAAAGCUCCCCAGACGAACGUUGCAACGAGUAUCAGGUACCCAGAAAAUUUAUAUUUCAAAGGAACAUCCCGAGUGACAAGCAGUUCAUUUGGAUGGAGCGUCUCUUUGAGUUGGAGAAAGAGAUAAAAGCACCUAAACAGAAUGAGACGAAAGAUAACCGUGAAAUAUUGAAUGGUAUGAGUACGAAACAAUUUAUGUUGGCAAAGAGGAGGGCGAGCAAGCCGAAAUUCUUUCAAUAAAAUGGGUAAUAUUAUUAUAAUAUAAUAAUAUUAUGUA